UAAUUGUGAAUCUCUAGUAACGUUGCCCCCCUCCCAGAAGGUCAAAAGAAAAAGAGUAGUUCCACUGAUUGCCGUCCGAAAGCUACCGAUCUCAAAGAUGUGCUUUCCGAAACUGGCCGAUUCAAGAAAGUUUUUCUACUAGAAAAAGUAUUGUUAAUAAAGCGAUAAAGUUAAGAUUGAUAGAUAAUUAAACAAUGGAAAUAGCUAAUGCAACAGGGGUGGGCACCACGGGGGUUCAAAGAACCUCAAGGGUAAUGAUGGAAGGUGUCGGAGCCCGUGUAAUUAGAGGUCCUGAUUGGAAAUGGGGUAAACAGGAUGGUGGCGAGGGUCACGUAGGUACCGUUCGUAAUUUUGAGUCGCCUGACGAAGUAAUCAUUGUUUGGGAUAAUGGAACUGCAGCCAACUAUCGUUGUUCUGGCCAGUAUGAUUUGAGGAUUUUAGAUAGUGCUCCUACAGGUGUCAAGCACGAAGGCACAAUGUGUGAUACUUGCCGUCAACAACCUAUAUUUGGGAUUCGUUGGAAAUGUGCUGAGUGUGGGAAUUAUGACCUGUGCUCCUCAUGCUAUCAUGGUGAUAAACACCAACUAAGACAUAGGUUUUAUCGUAUUGCCACUCCUGGGAGUGAGAGAGUCUUCCUUGAGACGCGUCGUAAAAGUAAAAAGAUUGCAGUUCGUGGAAUCUUCCCAGGAGCUCGCGUUGUUCGGGGUGUAGACUGGCAAUGGGAAGACCAAGAUGGUGGUAACGGUCGAAGGGGAAAAGUGCAAGAGGUCCAGGAUUGGUCAGCGGCAAGUCCACGUUCAGCCGCUUACGUGGUCUGGGACAAUGGCUCUAAAAAUCUCUACAGAGUGGGAUUCGAAGGAAUGGCUGAUUUAAAAGUUGUUAAUGAUGCAAAAGGUCAUACAGUAUAUCGGGACCACCUGCCUUGUCUGGGUGAACAAGGAUCUGGACGUACAGGACCUCCAGGUUUAAAAAUUGGUGAUCAAGUAAAUGUAGAUUUGGAUCUGGAGAUUGUCCAGUCUCUCCAGCACGGUCACGGGGGUUGGAUUGAUGGCAUGUUUGAAUGUUUGAGUAACACAGGCACCGUGGUCGGCAUUGAUGAAGACCACGAUAUCGUGGUGGCUUACAAUAGUGGCAACAGGUGGACAUUUAAUCCCGCCGUCUUAACAAAAGUAGCAUCUCCUUCUUCAGUCGAGGGAUACAACGAGACUCCUCAGCAACAGUUUGCCGUUGGGGAUGUCGUCCAAAUAUGCUCCGAUCUCGAACGAAUCAAAAUGUUACAGAGAGGCCAUGGAGAGUGGGCUGAUGGAAUGGCAUCAACAUUAGGUAAAAUCGGGCAUAUCCAGCAGAUAUAUAACGAUAACGACCUUAAAGUCGAGGUGUGUAAUACCACAUGGACCUAUAAUCCCUUGGCAGUGACCAAAGUUGCUAGCAAAGAUGGCACAAUGCACGGCACCACCAGCGGCGAGCGUCUUAGCGCCUUAUUGAAGAAGCUCUUCGAGACUCACGUGUCUGGAGACGUUAAUGAAGAGCUGGUGAAAUCAGCUGCUAAUGGAGAUGCCCAAAAGGUCGAAGAAGUCCUCAAACAGAGCAAUGCAGCUUCAUCGGUUGGUGGAGGGCCUGAUGUUAACGGCGUUUUUGCUGGACACACCGCACUUCAGGCUGCCAGUCAAAAUGGGCACCUGGAGGUCAUUGCCAUCCUGCUGAGACAUAACGCCGAUGUUGAAAUUGAAGACAAAGACGGCGAUAGAGCUGUGCAUCAUGCUGCUUUCGGAGACGAAUCUGCUGUUAUGGAAGUGUUGGCACAUGCGGGGGCUGAUUUGAAUGCCAGAAAUAAACGAAGACAGACUGCGUUACAUAUUGGUGUCAAUAAAGGACAUGUCGGGGUCGUCAAGAUGUUGUUGGACCUUGGUUGCCAUCCAAGUCUACAGGAUUCGGAAGGAGAUACUCCAUUACAUGACGCAAUAUCCAAGAAACGUGAUGACAUGUUAACUCUCCUGUUGGACCAUAAUGCCGACAUAACGCUGACUAACAACAACGGUUUCAACGCCCUACAUCACGCCGCUCUCCGCGGAAAUCCAAGUGCAAUGAAAAUUUUACUUGCAAAACUACCUCGACCAUGGAUUGUCGACGAAAAGAAAGACGACGGAUAUACCGCCCUUCACCUUGCAGCUCUCAAUAAUCACGUCGAAGUAGCUGAACAGCUAGUUCUCAAUGGAAAAGUCAACAUGGAUUUGCAAAACGUCAACCUGCAGACGGCCCUGCAUCUUGCUGUCGAGAGACAACAUACCCAAAUAGUGAGGUUACUAGUGAGAGAGGGUGCAAACUUGAACAUAGCCGACAAAGACGGUGACACCCCUCUUCACGAAGCCCUACGUCACCACACACUAUCUCAGCUUCGUCAGUUACAAGACGUCCAGGACGUCGGUAAACUCCUGAUGGGUUUGGGAACUCAAGGAUCCGAUAAAAAAUCGUCGGCAAGCAUCGCCUGCUUCCUAGCGGGUAACGGGGCCGAUUUGACCAUAAAGAAUAAAAAGGGUCAAACUCCGUUAGACUUGUGCCCCGAUCCGAACCUUUGCAAAACGCUGACCAAAUGUCACAAAGAGAAAAAGAGCGAAGAAAUGGAAUUGCACCCCCAUUCCAACCAAAACGUCAACACGAAUACGUCCACAGUUGAUGAAUGCUUGGUAUGUUCGGACGUCAAAAGGGACAUACUGUUCCAACCCUGCGGGCACGUUUGUUGCUGUUCCAGUUGUGCCCCUAGGGUCAAGAAAUGCCUCAUAUGCAGAGAAUCGAUUACCAAUAGAAUAAAGAUCGAGGAAUGUCUGAUAUGUUCUGAUAAAAAGGCGUCGGUUUUGUUCAAACCCUGCGGCCAUAUGUGCGCCUGCGAUAGCUGUUGUCAGCUAAUGAAGAAAUGCGUGCUGUGUAGGGCCCAGAUCGAGCUCAUGGUCCCGAUGACCGUUUGCUCAGGAGGUCUGGGAACCAUAUCGGAGGUCAAGGCGGAUCCGGAAGUCGAACCGGCUCCGUCGACUAGCGAACCACAACUGAUACAACCCCCGCCCUUGAUGAACAACGCGCCCAAAGUCACUAACAAUGAUAUACAAAAGCUUCAGCAGCAAUUGCAAGAUAUCAAGGAACAGACGAUGUGUCCCGUGUGCCUGGAUCGUCUAAAGAACAUGAUUUUUUUGUGCGGUCACGGACUUUGUCAAAUGUGCGGAGAUCAAAUGGCCGAAUGCCCCAUAUGUCGAAAAGCGGUCGAAAAAAGAAUUUUACUUUAUUAAUCGUUCUACUAUUUAUAGGUCAAACAAAAGUAUUUAUAUUGUUUUUAAUGUUUAAAUUUACCGCGAAUGAGUGCGCAAAAACUGAUGUAUUUUAUUUUAACAAAUACUCACUUAGUUUGUAAUUAUCACAUGGUGAAACUUUCUGGAACCGUGUGGGAAAACUUUUUUAUUUAUAAAUAUCUAAAUAUUCGCAACUUCACGUCGUGAUUUUCGAGUAGUUUCAAACUUCGAACCGUCGAAAAAAUUGUUAAUUAGUUUUUGUUCUCAUUGACUUUGUUACGUACACCUGUACAUUUUUCUAACGUCAAAGGAUUUUCCGUACACCUCUCGUACUCGUACAUGGCAAAUUCCGUCCGACAUUGACAGUACAAUUCCCCUGUUAUUGUGUUAAUGUGUGGCUAUCGAGUUGUUAAUUUGAUAAGGCUUGAAACAAAAAACGGUCCGAAUCAUCGAGGGAUAAAAAAAAAUGUGAAAGACAAAACAAACGUUGUAGUGUUGUACAGCUCGUCGAUGUAUUCGCUUCGCUACGAAAAACGUUUUGUUGUUUGGCGCAACUAUCCUGAUUUUAGUUGUUGUUUUUACUAAAAUUACCGAAAUUUAAUAUGUUGGACUAUUACACAAUUAAAGACUUUCGAAAAUGGUGUCUUCUCUCUGUAAUUAAACCGAACAAAUGCGUUGAAUUCAUCUGGAAAUUGCAAGAAGACGAUGCUGGAUCAACCUGAACUGGAAAACAGAGGAAAUUGAAGCCAUGGAGGGAUAGAAUUUAUUAUAAUUUGAUACUGACCGAUAAAUAAAAGCGUAUUGAUGUUUUUGAUACUACUAAAUAUCGAGAAAUGGAUGAUGUGGUGUGAUAUACAGUUCUUCCUGCACUUCUUUUGCACUUCCUUCUUCACUUGAAAACAUCAUUAUUAAGGAACAUUAUCAAAACUUGAGACUGUGCAGUUGGGCAUUGAUUGUAAUGGCAUUUCACUCCAGAUAUUCCAAUGCCUUUUCAUUCACAAAAAAACAAAAACAAGAGGAUUUGAGGGAUGAUUGUUUUGCUUAUUGCUUACUAACAUCAGGACUUUCUUGUAUGUCUGAAGAGUUCUUCCAGCCAACAUAGGAAUCUGUCUACAUAUUCACGAUUAUGGAGACAAUCUGAUGAAGCCAACAAAGGAAAAUUUGAGGGAUGAUUGUUUUGCUUAUUGCUUACUAACAUCAGGACUUUCUUGUAUGUCUGAAGAGUUAUUCCAGCCAACAUAGGAAUCUGUCUACAUAUUCACGAUUGUGGAGACAACCUUUGACAAAGCCAACAAAGGAAAAGUCACAGGUAUUCCAACACCUAUUUACAACUCAGAACAUCCAGGAGAGCCAGAGCUACCACACAGAGCAUGGUGGACGUGGAACUAUCCCACCGGAGAUUUGGAGUCACGACACCAAGAACCAAGACGAACCAGAACCACAGUCACACCAAGGCUACCCAGGGUCAGUAAUGGAUAUCGGACCAACCCAAUGGAUCAAUCAGGACAUCAAGAUCACCAGGACAACGUUGGACAUCGAGGGACCGGACGUGGAGACUCCGGGGUCCGAAGUCUACCGCGUCCGAAUACUCCGGGGUUGGAAGACAUCGGGAUUUCCGCGAUCCUCAGUCAGGUACGAGGGCUUCAAACUUUGAAGACUUCGAAGUUUGAAGAACCCCGGGUGCGAAGACCUCGAAAUUGGUAAGUCUGUGGGUUCGACGACUUCGAAAUAAGAAGUCAUACAGGAGAGUCUCCGGUGUUUGAAAAUUCCGGAGUAGGAAAACGCCAAAACUAUUUUGGCGUUUUUCGACUUCGAAAUAUUCGAACUUCGAAAACUUUCAAGUGUGUGACCUUCUUAUUUCGAACCUUUGAACUUCACAGUCUUUCUAAUUUCGAAAUCUUUAUAACUCGGGGUCUUUAAACUUCGAAGUCUUCAAAAUUCGAAACCCUUGUACCUGACUGAGGAUGGUGACCGAUGUUCCAACCCCGGGAGUCUUCGAACGCGGAAGGCUUCGAACCCCGGAGCGACGGGGGAAGGGGAGGGCCGCGAAAA